AUGCUAUCGAUAUUUUUCGAAAUCGAUAUACGUAACCAACUCCUGUUCUCUAAUAUUUUCGAGAAUAUACGUGAUGGAAAGAGAAAUGGUGUGGGUGUAGUUCUAGACAACAGGUUGAAAGAAAGUGUGGUUGAUGUUAAAAGAGUGAAUGAUAGACUGAUAGCGGUUAAAGUGAUUGUGGACGACAUCAUCUUCAACAUAGUAAGUGUAUAUGCGCCACAAUCAGGUUGUGAAGAGAGUGUGAAGGAGAAGUUUUGGAACGACUUUGACUGUUUGAUGAUGAAUGUGCAGGAUAAUGAGGAAGUGUUUAUAGGUGGUGACUUUAAUGGACACGUAGGAAGAGAGAGUGAUGGAUAUGAGAGAGUGCAUGGUGGUCGGGGAUUCGGAAACCGGAACACUGACGGCGAGGCACUGUUACAAGCUGCCUGUGCUUUCGACCUGGCCAUAACUAAUACGUGGUUUAGGAAAAGAGAGGAACACCUUAUAACCUACAAGAGUGGCCACCACGCGACACAGAUAGACUUCUUUCUAAUAAAGCGAAGGAGUCUAUGCUGUGUUAAAAACUGCAAAGUGCUGCCAGGCGAAGCAUUAGUUACCCAACACAGACUGAUUGUUUUGGAGGCCAAAUUUAGUGUCUCGCCCAAAAUCAGGAAACACCGACCCCCCUAA